UACCUCGUUCAUCCACACCAUCAGAGAAAGUUUACUCGCUCAGUAUGCGAAAGAAGGCAUUUGCAGCACUCCCUACUUCUCAAGACUCCUUCAAAACAUUCAAUCUUUAAAACGUAUCAUCGUCUCACUUUCAUCUUUCACAAAAAGAGUCUGCUCUGAAGUGAAAAAGAGGAAGAGAGGAUUGUUACGACACGUUGGCUGAACCUUCCACACAAUGAACAACUCGCACUGCCUGGCUGCCCAGAACCUGGUGGGGAGAGUGGUGCCCCCGAUCCUCAUCGUGGAGCUCAUACUGGGGCUGCCGGCUAACAUGGUGGCCCUGUGGAUCUUCUCCUGCCGCAUGCCGGGCUGGAGGGGCAACACCGUGUACCUGCUGAACCUGCUGAUCGCGGACUUCUUCCUGCUCGUCAGCGUGCCCUUCCGCAUCGACAGCCUGAUGCGCGGCGAGGACUGGGUGUUCGGAGGCGCCUGGUGCCGAAUCAACCUCUUCAUGCUGGCGCUCAACCGCUCAGCCAGCAUCGCGUUCAUGACCAUCGUGGCCGUCGACCGCUACUUCAAGGUGGUCCACCCGCACCACUGGGUGAACCACCUCACGACCGGGAAGGCGAUAGGGCUCUCGACCGUGACGUGGGCGGUGGCGCUGGCUCUGCGGGUCCCCCUGCUGGCCACUGAGCUCCUGCAUAAGCACAACAACAAACGCCUCUGCCGCAGCUUCAGCUCCUACGGUAAACUGUCGCCAGCCAUCAUGGUGCACUAUGGCGUGUACAUCCUGGAGUUCUUCCUGCCGUUCCUGCUGCUCAGCUUCUGCUCGCUGCGGAUCAUCUGCUUCCUGCGCAGCCGCCAGCUGGACAGGAAGCAGCAGGUGAAGCGGGCCAUCCAGGUGGUGAUGAUCAUCGUGGGCGUCUUCACCGUCUGCUUCCUGCCGGGAAUCGCCACGGGCCUCGUCACCAUCGCCAUCCAGAAGCUUCGCCCAAAAGACUGCGACUCCUUCAGACUGGCGUCCGAGCUCUUCAGCAUGUCCAUUGCGUUCACCUACCUGAACAGCACGCUGGACCCCGUCAUCUACUGCUUCUCCAGCAGCACGUUCCGAAACACCCUCAAGGCCUCCUUCAACUCCCUGGGCAUCUUCCACAUGGCCGUGAGCCGGAGGGGGAGCAGGAGUACGGCUAGCGACCUGUAACGAGUACGAUUAGCGACCCCUAACAAGUACGAUUAGCGACCCCUAACGAGUAGGAUUAGCAACCCCUAACAAAUGCGAUUAGCGACCCUUAGUGAGUAUGAUUAGCGACCCCUAACGAGUACAAUUAGCGACCCCUAGUGAGUACGAUUAGCGACCCCUAGUGAGUACGAUUAGCGACCCCUAGUGAGUACGAUUAGCGACCCCUAACGCGUACGAUUAGCGACCCGUAACGGGGUCGACAUAGGCUCAGGUGCUAUGAGCGGUCGUCUGGCGGUCAAAGUAUCCCUUACAUGGCAGCCAACCGCCGUCGGUGUGUGAGUGAGUGAACAAGAAGUACGGAUUAUACAGCGCUUUGGAUAAAUGUCGGCACUGUAUAAAUGCAGACAUUUGCCAUAUGAAUAGCUUAUACUAAGGUGCGUCAAAUACUGCUGUACAAAAAUACAUUAGAAAUACAUGUACUAUGUUUUUUACUUUUAUAUGUAGUAGUGGUCUUGUCAAUUGUAAAACCCCAUUUGUAGACAGCUCCACAUUUCCACAGGAAACAAAAUGAAAUGGCAGUAGCUGCAGAAAUGAGUGGUGUAUUUAAAUAAGCACACUAUUACAGUGUGAUUCACAGGUUCAAGCACCACCAUAAUUUACUGAGUAGUCCUAAUCACAGCUUUGUACGAAGUUGAUAAUUUCUGAAAAACACCUUCUCUGUGCAUGUGUAAACAUGCCUAGGGUCCUACCAAAUUUCCACCAAAUUAUUGUCAGUUUCACAGACUUCACUAUUACAAAAUGUCCACAGGAAAAAAGUCAACAGAAAUUACCCAACACUAGUAACGUUUCAUGAGGUUAGCAAAAAAAAAAGAAGAAAAAAAAGGAAAUGGCUCAAUGUCAUUCUCUGGAAAGCAUCUACAUUAUAAUGUUUUAGAAAACACCUUACAAAACGUAUAUGCUGUAUGUCAGCAUGGUGCCAUGGUGGUAAAGUAGAUAUCAUGCCUUGUCUCUGUGCCGUGUACAACUGGUAUCUUUCGAGAAGGCCUACUCAGCAUCAGCAGAAUUUUUUGGGGGAUUGACAAGCACCAUCAAGCUAUUUUGGCCAGGUGAGGGAUUCUUUGAAACAGUUUAUUGACUCGUUGCCUUAUUGUGACUGAUCGUAUGUUUCAAGGUGCUCACUUAAUUUGAAUUUGAAUAGUUCAAUAAACAAAUGUUCUGCAUUCUUUA